GGGAAACAAGUACAUGCUAAAAAUAUUUAUUUAUUUAUUUAUUUAUUUAUUAGUGUUGGUUGUCUAAGGUCAUGCUGCCACACGCUCCUGUACAGUAGGUGGCGGCAUGAACCUCAAACGUUGGUUUGUAUCCCGAUAAUAAAGCCAACGAAGAAGAAGAAAGAAUCCGCUACGUACGCAGUCAGUUAUUGAAACAUAAAUGGUGUUGAUGCUUGCUUCCUGCUGAGAAUGAGCACACAACAUGUCAGGGCUGACCUGAUGACCGACUUUGACGUGUUCCUCCACCGUCCCAGCUCUGUUGGAUAGGACGGCACUCCCUCUUACUGCACCCUCCCCACCCUUUGUGUGCCGUAUCGUCCUCCUCCAAAGACCUCAAACAGCCUGGGAUUGAUCUGUACCAGCCCUCCAGAGACCCUCUGCCAACGCGCUGCUUUAAAAAAGGAACAAUGUAUUGCCUACAGUGGCUACUUCCGGUGUUGCUCAUCCCCAAGCCGCUGAACCCAGCGCUGUGGUUCAACCACUCCAUGUUCAUGGGCUUCUACCUGCUCAGCUUCUUGCUGGAGAGGAAGCCCUGCACCAUCUGUGCCUUGGUCUUCCUGGCCGCCCUCUUCCUCAUCUGCUACAGCUGCUGGGGCAACUGCUUCCUCUACCACUGCCAGGACGCCACACUUCCAGACGCUGCCCACGACCCGGCUAUUAUCGGGACCUAGGAGAGAAAGGGAGGGGGGGGAUUAGAUAUUGGGAAGGGGGAAUGGGGAUGCAUAGGGUGAUGAGGCAUUGCUGGAGAAUGAUACUGCCAUACUAAAGAUGGGAAAGGCUACACUUUGGGGGUGGGAGAGCGGUGUAGAGGGGGGGAUGAAGGACUGCUGGAGGAGGAUACAAAUCUAGAGAGCGCUCGGCCCAAGGAAAAGAGCCACUGUUUUGCCAUGCUGUAAGACUUGAAUUUGAAGUGGUAGUAGGGGGAAGCGAAGUCCGAGGAGACACUUUUAUCGAACAGGAAAGGGGGGGGCCAUCCAAACUUGAAAUGCUAAGGAAGGAUGCCUGAGAACUCGAGACAAGUGAAAUUUCACCUUCUGCAACUUUGUUUUCCAGCAUUUGAAAGAAAAUUAGGCAAUAUAUCCACCACAUAUGACGUCUACCUAGAGGGACCUGUGUUUCAGUAUUCUGGUUUCUUUCUAGCACUCUGGCUUGAUAACGUCAAACUUUGUUCAAGAGAGAGGUCACUUUCUCCAAAAACCUUCUAAAUCAUCUUUUCAGAAUGACAACACUCUCCACCUCAAACUGCCAAAAGUAACGCAAUCCUGCUGAAAGCUCCAGGCGGAGUUUGUGUUCCCAGAUCCACUGGCAGCCACGCUUGCAUCUAAUCCCAUACUGUUGUGGUUGGUGACAAGCCUUAUACGCCAGGUAGUGUUAAGAAAUACUUGUCUUGAUAUGUUUUCUCCCAAGCUCUAGAGAAAGGAGGGGCAACAUGUGUUUUACAGUCCAACCUGACCAAACUGUCGCCACUUUGGCUCUGCACACGUACCGCUAUCCUCAGCAAGGACAGCACACACACACUGGACAAUCAAUACCUAUGCUGUGAAUUCCUUUCUUUGCCACAUCUCCACACACACACGCAUAUCAGAAGGUGUAAUGAUGCUGAGAAACUGUCCCGUUAUUACCCACUGUGUUCUGCUACUACCCCUCUUUGUCUUCCUAGCUCCUCUUCCUCCUCUCGCCUCAAAAUAAAUUGAUUUUGUUUUUCUUGUGCAUGGGUAGCUGUUAUUUUUACACACAUUUUAAUUAAUUAAAAAAAUGCUGAAAGUUUCCAAAGAGUAAAUUAAUUUGGAUGUGUGGGGAGUGUCUGUAGGGUGUAUGGAAGAAAAUUUGUGUUAUGUGCGACAGGUGUGUAUAUUGUUUGUGUGUGAUUAAGAAAUUAAGUUGAUUUGCAUAAAAAACUGAUGAUACACAAGGUUACAUAACAGUGAAUUGCUACUGUGGUAAGUUUAUUGGUAAUCCAAAGGGUGACUGGCAUGUUUCCUUGUGUGUCACUGCCAUAAGUGUUGUGUUUAACUAUGAGACACAGGCUUGUGUGUGUGUGUGUCCUGUCUCAGUGCUGACAUCCUCACUGCUACGUUAUUGCUUUGGUUUUAAUUUAAAUAAAGUUUUUCCCCUCAACGU